AUGUCUCCAAGCAGCCGUUUCUCCGCUGUCGGUCAUCUCGUCCGAGGUGGCGCCCGACCUGGCUGUGGUAUGGCCACUGCUCUGGCCAGACCAACACUUCUUGUGGCAACACCGGCCCGACCAACCACUGUUGCUGGCGUGCUCCAUCCCGCCUCCUCUUUUCAGCAAACCCGCCCCAUUUCUAUCCAGCGCGUGCCGGUUCGAAGUGGCAAAGUGCCGGCUGAACCAGCCAUCAGGAGCCGGAAGCAGACUCCCACCAAGGGCCAUCCUUUCAACCCGCAGAAAUCGACCACUGGAAGGCUGCGUGCAGCUGUCAGUGGCGAACCUGGCUCGCCGAUAUAUGGCAAGCUCCUGAAAGCUGCCGUGGUUGGCGAGAAAGGCGACAGCCUGAGCCUGCAGUAUGAGGGUGCGCCUGAGGCAGUUUCGGUGUCGACGUUUUGGCUGCGCGACAGCUGCCAGUGCGAGCACUGCGUCACGCUUUCGUCCGGACAGAAGAAAUUGCGUUCCUCAGAUCUGCCCGAGAGACCGGCCGUGAAACAUACCGCCGUGGCCGAGGAUGGCAUCCUUAGCAUCGAGUGGGCGAAAGAGACCGAUGCGCAGGCGAGCAGCGAAAGCGGAAGCGACACUCCGCAUGUGUCCACCUUUGCUUCUGAUUGGCUUCUAUAUCGAAUGGCCGGUCUGGCAGCGCCGUACUACCCGGCGAUGCCAGAGCGGCGGUUCUGGGACAGGGCCCGGCUGGAGCGAGAGCUGCGGCCAGUGGCGUUUGAAGACUGGAAGGACGGCAACAGCCCCGAGUUCUGGCGCGCACUGCUGGACUUGUAUCAGCUUGGUAUCCUGAUUGUCGAUAGGGUGCCGGAGACGGAGACGGCGGUGUUGGACGUGGCGAACGCCAUUGGCAACAUCCAGCACACGUUCUAUGGAGAGACGUGGGAUGUGGUGUCCAAGCCGGACGCAGAGAACGUUGCCUACACCAAUGUGUUCCUGUGCCUGCACCAGGACUUGAUGUACAUGAACGAUCCGCCUUAUAUCCAGCUGCUUCACUGUCUCCGUAAUGAUUGCGACGGCGGUGAGUCCAUUUUCAGCGACAGCGUGCGUGCUGCCUGGGAGAUGGAGCUGCAGCAUCCUGAGCUCAUCGAGCCGCUGGCCACAACGACUGUGCGCUACCACUAUGAGCGUAAUGGUCACUACUACUUUCAUGGCCGGACCGUGCUGGAGCGCAAGGCCAAGUCAGGGCACAUCCAGGACACGGCCUGGUCGCCGCCGUUCCAGGACUCCUUUUCGGCACCGCAUCUGGCAUUUGGUGAACACGAUCCUUCCAAGAAGCCCGACGACCGUAUUCUCCAAUGGCGACGGGCAGCAAAGGUGUUUAGCGACAAUGUCGAGGCACCGCAGAACGUGUAUGAAGUCAAGAUGAAGCCGGGACAGUGCGUGCUUUUCAACAACCGGCGCGUGUUGCACGGGCGCCAAAAGUUCAACACGGCCCAGGGCCAUCGCUGGCUGAAGGGCACAUACAUCUCCGAGCAGGCCUUUUCCAGCAAGGUGACGGCCAUGAUACGCGAGAAGAAAUAUGCACCGGCCUUGCCGACGAAGCUGCCGUUGACGGCCUUGCAGACCCGGGAGUCGGAGCUUGCACAGGUAGCCCGCCUUCUCAAAGAAGCUGGCCCGGCUGCGACCUGA